CCGGAAACACUUUUUGGAAAUCAAGACCUGACCGUAAAACAUACUGAACGCAGCCCUUUCCACAUUUGUGACGUGAGAUACUCUGCCAUUGGUUCUUUUUUGGCGACACAUUUAAAAUCCUGUUGUCUAGCUACUCGUUUUACGGAUAUUGUUUAAGCCCUUCCCACUGAUGGAUGGUUACAUUCUAUCGCUGCCUGGCCCUCACUCACCGGACUACCAUGCCUCACCAAUGUCAGAUCUCGCUCACUGCUUUACGGGACUCGGCGCCUUUCACGCAGGUGACACCCCUCGCCGAUGUCUGGAUCUGUCCAACCUCAGCACAGGGAGUGUAGAAGAAACUACUGUACAGGGAUCACCACACAAAGACAAGCCUACUUCUCCUGUGGACUUGGACUCUCCAGCUCCGAGGAAAAGGCGCAUGAAGACGUUCCGGUCCUUCCUGCCAAAGCUGCUGUGCAGCAGUCCAGAGCCUCUCCCACGGGACCGUCCAGUCAUUAACAAGGAAAAUACUGCCCCAGGGCAGAGGGUGCAGCACAAGCCUGUGGGUUUGCAGCCCAUCCUAGAUGCUCAGCUCCAAGGCAGUCGGAAGCACAGCACCUUGGGGAGCCCCAUCUACUGUGCAUCUCCCUCCCUUACCCAGCUCUCCCCCAGUGAUGCAGACGGGUUCAUGGAAAUCAUGGAGCAGGAAGCUGAUGAGGGUUCUAUUGCCGUCGCCAUGUCAUGCAGCAUGGCUCAGUUGCUCUCUGAACCCCUCAUGAACCAGGAAGUGGAUCUCUCUUCUGUCUCAGCGUGUCGCAACGAGGGGCGCCGGCUCUUCCGCUCCCCCUCCAUGCCGGAGCGGUUGGCGCGUCCGGUGAAGCGCUCCUGCGCCUCCCCCGCCCUGCCCAACACCAGGCCGCUGAAACGACACUGCACCGUCUCGGCCAUCUCAGAGGAGCUCGGCCAGGGAGAGAGGGAGCAAGAGGCUGCGGUCGGCCACGAGAAGAGGCACCUGCAUAAGAGAACCCACUCUCUGUGUGAUGUGGAACAGCAUCUGGGAGGGGACGGGGUGAACGCCGACCUCAUCGGAGACUUCAGCAAGGUGCAUGCCUUACCCACUGUGACAGGAAGACACCAAGGAUUGAAGUACAUCACAGUCGAUACAAUGAGUGCUUUACUGGAAGGGAAGUUCAGCUGCUUGGUUGAGUCUUUUGUCGUAGUGGACUGCCGGUACCCAUACGAGUAUCAGGGAGGACACAUUAAGGGGGCUCUGAACCUGCCCAACACAGACGAGGCGGUGGAUCACCUGCUGUCCCAGAGGCUAAAAGCCCACUCUGCUGAUAAAAGACUCUUGCUGGUGCUGCACUGUGAAUUCUCCUCCGAAAGAGCACCCAGAACGUGUCGCCUCCUGCGCAGUGUUGACCGCAGCCUAAAUGAGUACCCGGCCCUGUACUACCCGGAGCUGUACAUCCUGAAAGGAGGCUACAGGGACUUCUAUCACUCUCACCAGGAGCACUGCGAGCCGCGCUCGUACUGCCCCAUGCACCACGAGGACCACCGCGACGAGCUGCUGAGGUGUCGCACCCAUAGCCGCGCCUCCGCCGAGGAGCGCCGCCGACGCCACCACGUCCAGACGCUCGUUCGACUCCAUCUCUGAGCCAGGAGGAGAACGGCCGAGACGGGGAGGGCGGAGAGUUUAACAGUGCCAACGCCGUAUGAGACGAAUUGACGCAAUCGCGAGUUGCCCCUUUGUUUGCUAGUUUCCCGAAUACAACGGUUUUCCCACACUGCCAUGGAGACGAUGCAAAGCGGUGAGGUUCAGUGCUGCCUGGCUUUCAUCUUGUUUGGAUGGCCGCAAAUUUUAAUAAACACUGUCCACUUAUUUAUUACCGCCUGCCAGCUAGACAGGAUGUGUAAUCCACUAAUCCCAGUGUUGUCUUUUAAUUACGCUAGCGACCACAGGUUAAUGGCUUUAAUUUUUCUGCUUUUCAAAUUGCUUUAAUGUCAUUUCCACAACAGGGAAGGAAAAAACGUCUGGUGUUAUUUCCUGUGUCAAUCAUGGAUGUAUGUUUUUUUUCUUUUGUCAUUGGGAUUUGGAAUCAUGAAUUAAUUUUAGCUUUUGUGAACACCACUGUUUGUUUGUUUUUUUUUAAACCGGAGUGACUGGCCUUGGUGUCGAUAUUGUGUUUUAGAGAACUGAAAGUGGUGAUAUGUUUUAAUUAUGUCAGGGACCUACAUGUUAUUUACUGCAUUAACUAUGACAUUUAUUAUAAUAAUAAUAAUAAUAAAAGGUCAUAUUUGAA